UCCUUGCAAACUUUCCCGAGGAAAUGUCUCUGCAAAAGUUGUUUUUCUUCAAAGAAACUCGGCUCCGGGGCUGUUUCCUCGCCCUCUGACUGGAUUUCCCGGCGGUGCCUGCUGCUUGCAUGUCAAGCUUCCUGUGUUUGUCACACAGACAGACAGCUCGCAGCCAUGGAUGGACCCGCUGACAAGGGCUGAGCUAGGUCGAGACCGUUAGCUCUGCAAAAAUCAAUAAAUUACCUUCACUCCGCUCGUGCAGCGCCCCUCAUCCUGCAGAGAGAAACGCCUGCAUUAGCGGGGCUUCUCCUGCACAGCCACUGACUUCAGCCGGGUGAAGUUUCUCGGGACCUCGGAUCAUGGCUCGGGACUACACGGCCAAGAGCUUAGACAACAUCGACCUGGCUGCGCUCAGGGAUCCAGCUGGGAUAUUUGAACUGGUGCAAGUAGUUGGAAACGGGACAUAUGGACAAGUCUAUAAGGGCCGCCACGUUAAAACAGGACAACUAGCAGCAAUCAAGGUUAUGAAUGUUACUGAGAACGAGGAGGAAGAAAUCAAACUGGAAAUAAAUAUGUUAAAGAGAUAUUCUCAUCACCGGAAUAUUGCGACGUAUUAUGGAGCAUUUGUAAAGCAGAGCCCUGCAGGCCAGGAUGAUCAGCUCUGGUUGGUGAUGGAAUAUUGUGGAGCUGGCUCUGUAACAGAUUUGGUAAAGAAGACAAAAGGUAACUGUUUCAAGGAGGACUGGAUUGCGUAUAUCUGCAGAGAGGUUCUCAGGGGUUUGGCACAUCUUCAUUUGAAUCACGUUAUCCACCGAGAUAUUAAAGGACAGAACGUUCUCUUAACAGAAAAUGCAGAAGUAAAACUAGUGGAUUUUGGGGUAAGCGCUCAACUGGAUAGGACAAUUGGGAGAAGAAAUACAUUCAUCGGAACUCCGUAUUGGAUGGCGCCCGAGGUCAUAGCUUGCGAGGAGAACCAAGACUCAACGUACGAUUACAGAAGUGACUUGUGGUCUCUGGGAAUCACAGCUAUAGAAAUGGCAGAAGGAGCUCCUCCCCUGUGUGAUAUGCAUCCCAUGAGAGCUCUCUUUCUCAUUCCACGAAACCCUCCCCCAAAACUGAAAUCCAGAAAAUGGUCCAAGAAAUUUCUUAAUUUUGUUGAAAGUUGCCUAGUUAAAAAUUACUUGCAUCGUCCAUCCACUGAAACUUUGCUUAAGCAUUCCUUUAUCCGAGACAUGCAGAAUGAACGGCAAGUGCGCAUCAUGCUGAAAGACCACCUGGACAGGACCAGGAAGAAAAAGGGAGAGAAAGACGAAACAGAGUAUGAGUAUACUGGAAGUGAGGAAGAAGAUGAUGAACUGGAUGAAGAUGAAGGAGAACCAAGUUCCAUAGUUAAUCUCCCUGGUGAAUCAACGCUCCGUCGUGAAUUUUUGAGGCUGCAGCAGGAGAACAAAAACCGGUCUGACCCUCAUCGACAGCAGCAGCUCCAGCAGCAGCAGCUAAAGGACCAGGAGAAAUACAAAAAGCAGCUGCAGGCAGAUCGGCAGAAACGAAUCGAGCAAGAAAAAGAGCGGAGGAAGAGGCUGGAGGAUCAUCAGAAGAGAGAAGAGGAGCUCCGGAAGCAGCAAGAAUGUGAGCAGAGAUGGCCAGAAAUUAAGCCAGUUCAGCGGAGAGAUGAGAAGUGUGAGGAUGACAAGAGAAUUGUUGACGAGGAAAUGUGCAAAGUGGACGGACAGAGGAAAUCAGAAAGGAAGCAGAAAAAGGUGGAAGAAGUGCAGCACAAUAAGAAGCUACAUCGUACUCUUCCCAAAGAUCAGACCCAACUGCUGUCUCUUCAGCAUGACCACAAGCAAAAAAAGAGAGAGCUUCCAAAGAGCUCAAGUUCAGCAUCACAGCCUCCGCCAAGCAAAGAGGACGAGGACAGAAAGAAGAAAAAUGAUGGUCUGCAGACUCAUCUCAACUGGACAGCAGUUCUUGGACACAAAGUCACACCACAUACUAGACUAGGUUCUGGUAGUAGCUCUAGUCCUUGCACCCCAGCUUUGCAAAGAGCAGUGCUCGCACAGAGUGAAAACCUCCGGACCAGUAGAGAUGUAUACCACAGCAGUUCACUGUCAGACAUGGUGAUAACACCCAUGAGCCCAGGACAGGAUGAUGUAUUCUGGAGCGUUUGUCAAAAUGAAGAGCAGCCUCCAAAGGUUCCAGAAAGAACGACCUCUAAAUUUUACAGCAGGGAUCAUCUUGGUCAUCAGAAAUGUCCUUCAAGUAACGUGCAGCAGUCAUCCCCGGGGGGACAUGCUUUGAAACUAAGCAGCAGCAGCAGCAGCAACUCUCCUGGCAGCAGGCAAUGGGAGAUGGGAUCUCAUCUCAGCAAAAGAUCAACCUCAGGAUCGUCCAAGGCAGAGAGCCUGCUGUCCCAGAACCACCUGCAGCAGUGUAAGAAGUCUGAAAAUGCUCCUCACCCUACCCAGUUUUCAAGUCCAGCCUUCUUUGCCAAAGGGAAAGACGGUGCCACAGUAGCAGAAUAUUCAUCAUCCAGUGAUGAACUGCUCAGCAGCGAUGAAGAUGAUAUGAUUCAUACCAGGCAACUGCUAAGUAAUGGAAUGGCAGAUUUCUCAAGGACAAGAGUUCCAGAUGGAAUUGAACUGAAACCCCAAAGCAUUAUAAUAGAACAGAAGAAUCAUAUUGCGGGGAAACAAAGUUGUAGCACCCAGGAAGGACUGUGGAGCAUACACAACCAGAACUAUCUCCUGCCAGAUCUCCUACAGCAAAGCCAAAUUUCAGACUCCUCAGCAAACCAGCAAAAAGUUACCCAGAAUAGCCAAGGACCUCCGAACAAAUCUAUAUCAAGUGCUGAAAGUACGCCCUCAAAGGGUAGUUCAUCAUCUACCACAUCCUUUACUUCGUUCAUAGAUCCUAGACUACUACAAAUCUCAUCUCCCAGCAGUCCAGCAGGACCUACUUGUAGCUCUCCAUCUAGCCCCAAAGCAGAGCCUAUUAGGAGAGGGAAUGCAAGGAAAGGCUCUGUUGUCAAUGUCAACCCGACAAAUAUCCGGCCACAGAGUGACAGUCCAGAAAUUCGCAAAUACAAGAAGAAAUUUAAUUCAGAGAUCCUGUGUGCUGCUCUGUGGGGAGUAAAUUUACUGGUGGGGACGGAGAACGGGUUAUGGCUGCUGGACCGAAGUGGACAAGGAAGGGUUUACUCGCUGAUCACAAGGAGACGAUUCCAGCAAAUGGAUGUUCUGGAAGGACUCAAUGUGCUAAUCACCAUAUCAGGCAAAAAGAAUAAGCUGAGGGUGUAUUAUUUAUCCUGGCUGAGAAACAAGAUUUUGCGCAACGAUCCAGAGGUGGAGAAGCGGCAAGGCUGGGUGUCUGUGGGAGACCUGGAAGGCUGCGUGCACUACAAAGUCGUGAAAUAUGAGAGAAUCAAAUUUCUUGUUAUUGCUUUGAAAAGCUCUGUGGAGGUGUAUGCUUGGGCUCCAAAGCCCUAUCACAAAUUUAUGGCUUUUAAGUCAUUCACUUCACUUCAUCACAAACCGCUGUCAGUUGACCUGACAGUUGAAAAUGGACAAAGAUUAAAAGUGAUCUAUGGCUCCCAAGUGGGAUUUCAUGCUAUCGAUGUGGACUCUGGGUCUGUGUAUGACCUGUACUUGCCAACUCAUAUCCAGGGGACUAUCCACCCACAUGCCAUUAUUAUCCUCCCUAAUACCAAUGGAACAGAACUUCUACUCACCUAUGAAGAUGAAGGAGUCUACAUUGAUAUAUAUGGGCACUUCACAAAGGAAACUGUUUUACAGUGGGGAGAAAUGCCAGCAUCUGUAGCUUAUCUUCAGUCUAACCAGGUCAUGGGUUGGGGAGAGAAGGCUAUCGAACUGCGUUCCGUGGAAACAGGAAAUUUGGAAGGUGUAUUUAUGCACAAGAAAGCACAGAAGCUAAAAUUUCUAUGUGAAAGAAAUGACAAGGUUUUCUUUGCAUCUGUACAAUCUGGAGGCAGCAGUCAAAUUUACUUUAUGACACUUGGACAAAACGUCCUAUUCAACUGGUAAAUCACAUCAGAAUGAAGGAUGCUUUGAUGGUUACCAGUAGAUACAAGCAGUGUGAAAUGCUGGAAGGUUAUACACUUAAAUUUGCACUUUUUACCUACAAGAAUCUGGUCAUUAUUAAUUUAUCAAAAUUCAUAUUCCUAAAGUUGUUCAAGAAUGCCAUUUUCUUGUCAAACUAUUGCAAAUAUGUUUAGUUCUAUCUUUUAAAAAUAUGGUGCAAAUCAAGACUGAAUUCACAAUGUAGCAAAGAGCAACUGUCAUGGAAAAUGUAGCCAAUAUAACAGGUUGCUUGUACUCUGAAAAGCGUACAAUUUCUUUUGCACAAAUAUUUUAAUUUUAUUAUUUUGAACUUGAGUCUCUCUCUAUGGACAGCAAUAUCUAUAUGUAGAUUUAUAGUAUAAAGUACACAAAUAUGUUA